GACAACCAGUCCGAAAUAAGCGCCAUCUGAUCUCAUACACUUAACCCAUAGCCCAUGGCACAGCCGUGGUUUAGUGCAUCGCGUGUUCGUGCAUCAGUCUUCUUUAAACCGUGGUGGUAUGUUUAUUGAUCAUCGAUCUCUCGACUUUGGCCGGUAUCUAUUUUCUGUUUCAGAAAGAUAUUCAACAGAUCGAAAUUUGUUCCUCCGUGUUUGUCAUGAUCAAAGAUAGGAUUAAUUUUUGCCAAAAUGACGGUUUAACGACAAUAUGACGGAUUAGUGGUAAUAGUAACAAAGGAAAACAAAUGUCAAUUAAUAGUAGGAACGACGACGUUCAAAUCAAUAAAGAGGGAACAAUGGUGUCUGUGUCAACGAUUCAACAAUCAAACGAGUCCUUCAAUAAAAUCAACAUAGAAGACGGUAUAAAACAACAGUUGGCAUAUUUACACAAUCGACGGCCGGCCAUACAGUCACGAACCGACAACAAAGUACAAGACUUGAGGGAGGGACAAAUGGAAAGCAAUUUAAAAUUAUUAAAAUUUGUAGCCGAUUCCCAGUUGACAUUAACACAAGUUAAUGGUCAGAGGAAGCUCGGUCCACCUCCUGGCUGGACAGGACCUCCUCCUGGUCCGAAAUGCGAGAUUUUUGUCGGCAGUAUCCCCCGAGAUUAUUACGAACCGGAAAUUGUUCCUAUAUUUAGUACUGUAGGAACGAUUUAUGAGUUACGCUUGAUGAUGGAAUUUUCUGGUAUAAAUAGGGGUUACUGUUUUAUUAUGUACACCACCGAAGAAGAGGCAGCUCGUGCUGUUAAAGAAUUAGAUCAGCAUGAAAUUUAUCCUGGGAAAAGAAUCGGUGUGGUCGCAAGCACAAAUAAUUGUCGGCUUUAUAUUAAUCAGCUGCCUCGAAAUCUCGAUUCUAAAACAAUUAUCAAGAAAAUUUACGAGAUGACCGAUGAAAUCGAUAAAGUGGCCGUUUAUAGAAAUUUCAACGGCUUCGUUUGCUAUGUUCUGGUUUCGUAUAAAACCCAUCGAGGUGCCGCCAUGGCGAGAAGAAGAUUGGUGCCUGAAUCGGCCAUGCUUUUUAAAAAUUGCGAGGUCAACAUAGAAUGGGCUAAUGCGAACAUGGCACCUUUUAACGUAUAUGAAGAAAGUGGAACAUGUGACGAAGAAGGCAAUAUAGUAAUAACAGAAACGUUUAUCGAGCCAGUUAAAACUAAAAAGGUCGCAGUUCGUGCGAAACAGAAGGCCGUCAAUAAACGAUCUAACAUAAUAAACAAUCAACGAAUGCAAAAAUCAAUCGAUACGUCGGUUCACAAAGGCAGACCCAUAAAAGCUGCGUCAUCCAAUUCGUUGAAAAGUCUCGAUAAUCCAACAAGUCAAUGCAAACUUGAAAAAUGUCGAUCAAAAAGUUUGGUUUGUUCCAAUUGUUGUUCGUUGGUGGAACUUGCAAGGAAAAAGUACAAAUCAAAUGGAGCGUGUGACAUCAAUGGAAAUCUGAGGAACAGUUUAGAUUAUUCUUUAUCGCAGGAACAUUCCAAGCAGAAUUGCGCUCAACCGGAUCACUCGAAAGCAGUCCUUCCUGCGAUUAGUACAUAUUUAACGUAUUUAAACAAAGGAAAACGCUUGAAGAAUCUGAAAUGGAACGAGUUGCAAAGAUGUUCGAACGAUGCUUUAGGUUGUAUUCCAGAUUUUUCCAAAAAUCUAAAGAAUAUUCCUUCUGAUCUAAUUAACAAUUAUAGAUUAGAGUGUUGUUGUAAUUGUCAGUUUCACGGUAACGGUAGUUUUAAUUCACCAACGCCAUCUUCGAACGAUUUGCAGUCUGUUAAUGACUGGAACUCGACGGAUAGUUUCGUGAAAGAUUUCUCUAAAGCCUUAAAUAUUUCAAACGAAAGUGAUAGUAAAAAAUGUGUCAGACAAGAGCAUAGAAGUGUUUAUAAAAGCGAACACAUUCCUGUAGAAACUAAUGUUCGCCACAUAUCGAAUAACUUUUUGCAUUCUCACCCUUUGAACGAAUCUAAUCGUCAGCUUGCAAAUGGUCACCAGUACAGUAAUUGCUAUCAAAAUUUUGCGAUUAAUACGGCAGAACAAAUUAAUAGAACAACCUACGACCAAUUUCCAAGUCAAAAUUUGUUAUCCGAUUUACAAAAUGUCCAAGAGUUAACUGCAUUUCCUCAGGAACCAAAUCGUGAACAUUUUUCACAACAAUUUCCAUUGGGUGAUGUGAAACCUAUGAUGAUCAAUCAGAAUUUUAGUUGGUUCUCUCCCGAACUUCUGCCUCUGGAAGUAUAUCGUCGUGAAUCUGUAAACAUUUCAGGGGUAUCUAACAAAAUUGUAAACGAUUGCAAGUAUUUGAACAAUCAUUAGAUGAUCAACAAUUCGCA